UUCACUUCACCUCAGUUCACUUCAUCAUUUGUUGUUACCAAACAAAUAAAUUCAUGGCUCCAUCUUCUCUUUCACUCUAAGCUAUAUCGAUCAUACCAAUUACAACAUCGAUCCAUCCUUAGCAAUUAUAUCCUCGGAAGGCCCGAAUCAUUGCAUUUUUGUUGAUGACAGAAAAAUGUUCGAUCAUGCAAUUUAGCUGAAAGUUGCUGAAGCUAUAGGGGUUGUGGCAAAACAUGGCCAAGAAAGUUCUGAGAGCCCAAGAAGCAUUUUUUGCCUUCAUUUUCAUGUUUAUAUUCUUGAACUCAUGGAGGACAUGCCAAAGUUCGGAGCUUCAGCUGCUUCAGACUAUCAAAGCAUCGUUCAAGGAUCCGCUAAGGUCUCUCUCCAAUUGGAAUUCUUCUCUAUCUUUUUGUCAAUGGCACGGUGUUUCUUGCGAUAGCUUGUCUCGCGUCAACAAAAUAGAGCUCUCAGGGAAGAAUUUAUCUGGAAGGGUUCCAGAGACUAUAUUCCUGUUGCAACAUGUUGAAACCAUCAAUCUUUCGAAUAAUCAGUUGUCUGGUUCAAUUCCAGACAAUUUGUCUUCUUGUUUGUCGCUUAAACAUCUCAAUUUAAGCAACAAUAAUUUUACAGGUCCACUUCCCAAGGGCUCAGUUCCGUUUCUCGAGACCUAUGAUCUAUCAAACAAUAUGCUUUCAGGGGCAAUCCCAGAAAAUAUUGGACUUCUGUCAGGCCUAAGAGUACUUGAUUUUGGUGGGAAUGUUUUGGAAGGAAGAAUUCCAAAGUCCAUCACAAAUAUGACAAGCCUUCAAGUCUUGACCUUGGCCUCUAACCAAUUGGUUGGGGAAAUUCCACCAGAAUUAGGCCUCAUGAAGAAUUUGACAUGGAUGUAUUUGGGGUACAACAAUUUCUCUGGUGGAAUUCCAACAGAAAUUGGUGAAUUAACCUCUUUACAUCAUCUUGAUCUUGUCAACAACAAUCUCACAGGUGAAAUUCCAUCAUCUUUGGGUAACCUCAUCAAUCUUCAACACCUCUUUCUCUACCUCAAUAAACUCACUGGACCAAUUCCGAAAUCCAUUUUCGGGCUAAAGAGUUUAAUAUCACUUGAUCUAAGUGAUAACUUUUUGUCAGGAGAAAUCCCUGAAGAUAUAUUUAAAUUGCAGAACUUGGAAGUCCUACAAUUGUUUUCCAACAAUUUUACGGGAUCAAUUCCAAGGGCUUUAUCAUCUUUGCCUCAUCUCAAAGUUCUUCAAUUAUGGUCCAACAAAUUAUCAGGUGCUAUUCCAGAAGACCUUGGGAGGUAUAACAAUCUCACCAUCUUGGACCUAUCCACCAACAAUCUCACUGGAAAAAUUCCUGAAAUGCUCUGCGAAUCGGGCAGCCUGUUCAAGCUUAUUCUCUUCUCAAAUUUCAUUGAAGGCGAAAUCCCACAAAGCUUGUGUCGUUGCAAAAGCUUGCAACGAGUUCGCCUUCAGAACAACAAACUCUCCGGUGAAUUACCACCUGAAUUCACGAGACUUCCGCUUGUUUACUUCCUUGAUAUUUCAGGUAACAAUCUCGGAGGCACAAUCAAGGAGCCGAAAUGGAAUAUGCCAGCAAUCCAAAUGCUGAACUUGGCAAGAAACCAGUUUUCCGGGGAGAUACCUGAGUCCUUUGGCAGCAAUAAGCUCGAAAACUUGGACUUGUCUGAUAAUGAUUUCUCCGGUAGCGUCCCUCAGAGCAUUGGAACCUUUUCAGAGCUUGCAGAGCUCAAACUCGGCCAGAACAAACUUUCAGGUAAAAUCCCUGAUGAAUUGUCUUCGUGUAAGAAGCUUGUUGCUCUUGAUCUCAGCCAUAACCAGCUAAGUGGAGAAAUUCCCAUAAGUCUUUCUGAAAUGCCAGUUCUUGGCCUGCUUGAUUUGUCGGUAAAUCAGUUAUCGGGCGAAAUCCCCCGAAAACUGGGGACAGUUGGAUCACUUGUCCAAAUAAAUAUCUCUCAUAACCAUUUGCAUGGGAGUUUGCCAUCAACUGGCGCAUUCCUUGCCAUCAACUCUAGUUCAGUUGAAGGCAACCAUCUAUGCGGUGGCGAUGAAACCACCGGUUUACCACCAUGCAAACGGAGGAAGAAUCCCGCCUGGUGGCUUUUUCCGACCUGCCUUCUCGCAGUAUUGGUGGCCUUGGCUCUUGCUGCUUUUAUUGUCGCUAUAGGAAAACGUAGAAAGAAGAUGGAGUCAAAGAGAACGGACAGUGAAGAUGGGACUUGGGAAGUUCAAUUUUUUAGUUCCAAGGCCUUGAAGUCCAUGACUACCAGGGAUAUUUUCUCAUCUAUGAAAGAGGAAAAUCUGAUCGCCAGGGGAAGAAUAGGGACCAUAUACAAAGGAAACUGCAGCAUUGGUGGCAGUCGUUUCGUCACAACAGCAUUUGGCGACGUGAAUUCUGUUAGUCCAGCAAGUUACUGGACGGAAGCGGAAGAAUUUGGUAGACUUCAUCAUCCCAAUAUUGUUAAACUCAUUGCUGCAUGCAGGUCUGGGAAGGGAGGGAUUUUGAUUCAUGAAUACAUUGAAGGGAAAAUAUUGAGUGAAGCUCUUGGAGGGCUGAGCUGGGAUCGACGACAAAAAGUUGCUGUUGGGAUUGCAAGAGCUCUUAAAUAUUUGCACUGUUAUUGUUCACCAGGCAUACAAGUCGGUGACCUUUCACCGGACAAAGUUAUAGUUGAUCUCAAAGAUGAAGCUCGCCUGAGAUUGAGUCUUCCCGGAAUGACUUGGGCAGAAAACAAAAGUUCCAUCUUUUCAGCCUACGUUGCUCCAGAAACUUCAGAAUCCAAACUAAUCACUGAGAAGAGUGACAUUUACGGAUUUGGGCUCAUAAUGAUUGAGCUCUUGACCGGAAAAAGUCCCACCGACGCGGAGUUUGCUGUGCAUGAAAGCAUUGUCGAAUGGGCUCGUUAUUGCUACUCAGAUUGUCAUCUUGAAAUAUGGGUCGAUCCAAUCAUCAAGGCAAAUGCAUUGAAUAAUCAGAAUCAGAUAGUAGAGAUUAUGAAUUUAGCUCUACAAUGCACUGCUAGAGAUCCGGCAGCAAGACCUUGUGCAAGUGACGUAGCUAAAGCUCUAGAACUGGUUGUCAGAUUGGGCCCUUGUACUCUAGGCUUCAAGUGGUUUUCUUAAUAAUCAAGUUUUGGAUGUCUAACUCCAUGGUGAUUUUCUUUUAUCAGUAUUUUUUUUUUGUUGGAUCUUUUUAAUUGAUUUUGGUUUUUUUUUAUUUAUUAUGGAGUCUAAUUGAGUGUGUUACUCAAUGUUUUGUUUGAUGUUAAGAUGACAAACUACUCGGUGCAAAAUGUAGAUAAUAUUGAAAGCCAGUAUAGAGGUUACAGCUAUAUAUUCUAAAUAUCUUCAAGUAAUUUCUUUGUA